ACUGCGCAAGUCUCUGGACGCUGUUAACUAAACAUUUUGCUUUUGGGCGGAAGGUCCAUUUGCCACUGCGGUGAACAGUCGCGGAACAAUUAAUUCGAAAGGUACCGAGAAUAAUUCCAAUUGAGAGUGAUUCAGGGCGUGCUAUUUUAUUGUAUUGUGACCACUGUAUUGGGAAGGUAUAUUAUUUAGGCGGGUGCAAUGGCAACUCAGUGUGUGACAAAGGUGGAACUGACCGUGUCCUGUGAAAAUCUUUUGGACAAGGAUAUCGGCUCAAAGUCUGACCCUCUGUGUGUCCUUCUCAUGAACACUUCUGGUUCACAGUGGUAUGAGGUGGGCCGAACAGAGAAAGUACAGAAUUGCCUUGCUCCAAAGUUUGCCAAAAAGUUCAUCGUCGAUUACUACUUUGAAAUAGUGCAAAAGCUGAAGUUUGGAAUUUACGACAUUGACAAUAAAACUGUUGACCUAAACGAUGAUGAUUUCCUUGGGCAGCUGGAGUGUACCUUGGGCCAGGUGGUGUCUAGUAGAAAGCAUACAAGACCACUGGUGUUGAAGAACAACAAGCCUGCAGGAAAAGGGACCAUUACAAUAAGUGCAGAAGAAAUAAAAGACAACAGGGUGGUGAAUUUUGAGGCUGAAGCCAGGAAACUAGACAACAAGGAUUUCUUUGGUAAGUCGGAUCCUUACCUUGAAUUCUACAAGCAGACAGAGACUGGAUGGCAGCUGGCCCACAGAACAGAGGUGGUGAAGAACAACUUGAACCCAACAUGGAAGCCUUUCCGAAUCCCCCUGCAGUCACUUUGUGGAGGAGAGAUGGACAAACCUAUAAAGGUGGAGUGCUACGACUACGACGACGACGGAUCACAUGACCUCAUUGGAGUCUUUGAAACCACCAUGACGCGUCUACAGGAGGCGUCGCGAACCUCGCCGGCUGAAUUUGAAUGUAUCAACAGUAAGAAGAAACAGAAGAAGAAGGGUUAUAAGAACUCUGGUGUGGUGAGUGUGAAGCUGUGUCAGGUGGUGAAGGAGUAUUCCUUCCUGGACUACAUCAUGGGCGGAUGCCAGAUUAACUUCACCGUGGGGAUUGACUUCACAGGGUCAAACGGUGACCCCAAGUCUCCUCAGUCGCUCCACUACAUCAGUCCCCAGGGGGUCAAUGAAUACCUGUCAGCCAUCUGGUCCGUUGGCAUGGUGAUCCAAGACUACGACAGCGACAAAAUGUUUCCAGCCUUUGGCUUUGGAGCUCAAAUACCUCCCAACUGGCAGGUUUCGCAUGAGUUCCCUCUGAAUUUUAACCCGGCCAAUCCCUUCUGCACAGGUAUUGAAGGUGUGGUAGAGGCAUACAGAGUGUGUCUUCCCCAGGUGAAACUCUAUGGCCCCACUAACUUCUCCCCCAUCAUCAAUCACGUGGCUCGCUUCGCCCUGCAGGCAACCCAGCAGAAAACUGCCUCUCAAUACUUUGUCCUCCUGAUCAUAACUGAUGGUGUGAUCACAGACCUGGACGAUACACGCAGCGCAAUCGUCAACGCCUCCCGUCUGCCGAUGUCCAUCAUCAUUGUCGGUGUGGGCGGAGCUGACUUCUCUGCCAUGGAGUUUCUGGACGGUGAUGACGGGCGUCUAAAGGCGCCAACGGGAGAGACAGCUGUGCGGGACAUCGUCCAGUUUGUCCCGUUCAGACAGUUCCAGAAUUCUCCUAAAGAGGCUCUGGCCCAGUCUGUGUUGGCAGAAGUCCCUGGCCAGGUGGUCACCUACUUCAACAUGAACAAGCUGAGUCCUCCUAACUCCACCACUCUCCCAGCCCCUGUCUCUACUCCAGCAGCUUCUUCCUAAUCCCCACCCGUCCCUGCAGGAAUCAGCCACACAACUCCCAGUCCCCACAGCACACUAGUUUCAGUGGCUCACCACUCUAGCUUUCUGCUGUCUAUUAUUGUAUUCAUGUAAAUGGGAUCAUUACAAGUUUACAAAGAUCUAGCCAUUAGUAAUUACUAACUAGCAUGCAUCAAGUUAAAUUGUGCGAGGCAGUCUUUUCUAGGAGAAAUGCCCUUGUUAAAACUCAGCAUGUGUUCAAAAACCAACAACCCAUUGGGAACCAACCUGAUCAUUAGGGCAAGUCCACAAUCGUACAAGUACCCAUUAAUUUGUUUGUAUGAAGUAGCCUAAUGCUUUUAAGUUGGUGACAUUUUAUACUUUCUCAUUAUAAUCAUUGGUUUGUCAAAUAUUUUGUUAUCAAUUUAUAUAUUUUUUUAUGUCAUAUUAGGGAACAUUUUAAUAUUUGCCAAAUGUGCCUGCAAAGCAUGAAGUUCAGUAUAGUUGCAUAGUUAUCAAGCUCUGAACAGCUUUAUAUCUACAGUCAUUUGUUUGUAUGUUUGGAUUUUAGUCCAUUUAGGCCAAAUUUCUUCCUUUAUUAAACUGUCAUUUUAGAUUAUAAACACAUUGGAUAUUGUUUUGUGAGAAAAGGUUCAUGAAUUAACACUGACAUGGAAUCAGUCGUACCUCUCUAGAAUAUUUUUGUUUAUAUUCUGUUUGUGCCAAUUAUGCAUGCAGAGCCACUUUAAUUACUAGUUAGUAGACUUGCUUUAACAAUUAAGCCUAAGUAAAGAUAAUACAAAUGAA